AUGGCGCCCUAUGGAGAUGCGCCGGGGAGACCUGGGAAUUUGACGCCAGCAGAGGAGCAAAAACUGAAGGAAAUGUGGAUCGCAAUGUCGAAGAUCAGUGGCAUGAUGCCGGAGGCUUCAUUUAUGAAUGGGAACAAUGACGCCGCUUCUACGACCUCGGAGACGCCCAAGAAGAAGAGCCGAUUUGGAUUCGGGCGGAGCAAGCAGAACGAGGAAGUAACCAAUGGAGGCGACAAUGACAAGCACGGGCAGACGAAUCAGUAUGAAAAGGCUCUUCAGUCGUUGACUCCGGAACAACUCAGAGAAGCCCUGUGGUCAAUGUCAAAACACGAUGAUCCUGAUGCACUACUCCUCCGCUUCCUUCGCGCACGCAAGUGGGACGUUCAAGCUGCGCUCGUCAUGCUUGUCGCGACCAUGCAUUGGCGAAGUCAGGAAGUCCACCUCGACGACGACAUUAUGCCCAGAGGCGAGCGUGGAGCAUUGGAGUGGAGUAAGAGCUCAGAUGCCGCGGAGCGAAGAGAAGGCGAAGACUUUCUCGCACAACUGAGAAUGGGGAAGUCGUUCAUUCAUGGAUGCGAUAACGACGGAAGACCUUGCUGUUUCGUGCGGGUGAGAUUACACCAUGGUGGCGACCAGACCGAGAAAAGCUUGGAAAGAUUCACGGUCUGGACCAUUGAGACUGCUCGCAUGAUGUUGCACCCGCCCGUCGACACAGCUACUAUUGUCUUCGAUAUGACCGACUUUGCUCUCUCGAACAUGGAUUACGCCCCUGUAAAGUUCAUCAUCAAAUGCUUCGAAGCCAACUAUCCCGAAUCUUUGGGAGCAAUCUUGAUCUACAAAGCGCCAUGGAUCUUCAACCAAAUCUGGAGAAUCAUCCGAGGCUGGCUGGAUCCCGUCGUAGCAUCAAAAGUGCAUUUCGUCGCAAAUAUCGACGAACUUGACAGCUAUAUCCCGAGAGACCGGGCACCGAAAGAGUUAGGAGGGGACGAAGACUGGGAAUGGAAAUGGCCAGAACCUGUACCCGGCGAAGACGAUCAGAUGAAAGAUACGGCUGGGAAAGAGAAAGUCAUGGCGGAACGAAACGAGCUGAUCAAAAGUUAUGAGGAGGAGACGAUGGCGUGGUGCGAGGGUAAGGAUAAGGGGGAAGGACGACCGAGCAUUGCGCAAAAACUGGCCGAGAACUAUUGGAAGCUGGACCCAUAUGUGCGAGCGAAGACGCCGUAUGAUCGGACAGGUGUCAUGCUGCCUGGCGGGAAGGUAGACUUCUAUCCCAAGAGCAGUAGUCCCGCUGCGCCUGCGCCUGCGCCUGCCACAGAUGGGACCACGGAAGAUGACGUGGAUUAAUGUACUUGACCUUGACAGACUAGAUGCUAGAUGAGGCACCCGACGUCAAUGGUAUUUCCACGCUUUUUCAUUCUGCC